AUUGCGCGCAGUUGAACCAUCAUCAACAGCAUCAACUUUUCAUCGAUUUGUCCAUUGCGACAAGCCAUUCCAUCAAUAAAACACAUCUACAUCAAGUUGAUACAUUUAUCAAUAUGACUGGACGUAAGUUUUUCAAGUUUGAAUCAUUGCACACUUCUGCGUCGACGUCGAUAUGCAUGGCUCUUCCAGGUUCGCGACUGGAUGGUUUGAACUGCCUGCGUGGGUGGGGCACGCGGUUCACAACGCGUCACGCUAUCGCGUCCUGUUUCCUGCAUUUUUGCACUGCAUCGCGGCGUCAACGAUAAUUAUCCUGUCCAUGACUUCAAGCCUUUGAUUAUACUGACGCGUCGUGUCGUGUAGGUGGCAAGGGCGGAAAGGGCCUCGGCAAGGGCGGCGCCAAGCGUCACCGCAAGAUUCUGCGCGACAACAUCCAGGGCAUCACCAAGCCCGCCAUCCGCCGUCUGGCUCGCCGUGGCGGUGUCAAGCGUAUCUCUGCCAUGAUCUACGAGGAGACCCGUGGUGUCCUCAAGUCCUUCCUCGAGGGUGUCAUCCGCGACGCCGUCACCUACACUGAGCACGCGAAGCGCAAGACGGUCACGUCGCUCGACGUCGUCUAUGCCCUCAAGCGCCAGGGGCGCACCCUCUACGGUUUCGGUGGUUAAGCGGGUUGAGCUUGGGAAAGGAAAUGGGGUUCGAGUUCAUGCUCGUCAUCGUUAUGCGAUCAGUUGCAUUCGCAUUAUUAUCUUCAGCGACGCAGCAUGAUUGGCGUGGGGGGGCAGUGUGACUUGCACAUGGCAUGAUCAGGUACAUUUGUUUUUCUGAGAGUGAUUUUUACGCCCGGCGUUUUGGGGGAUGGGGGGAUGGGUACACUAUGACACGGUCAAUGGGAGUGACCAGGGCGUCACUGGCAUGGGAUAGGCAGUCCAACCCCUGUGUUGGCGGAAUACAUUGAUUUGAUGAACUCGUCGGUUGCAUGUCGUGAUUGUUUUGCGUGUCCUCCAGCUAGGCUCAGUGUGCAGAGUAGCACCCUUACUUUGCCGAAAUGCCUGGGAUCUUGAACAGAACAUAAUCGGCUAUAAAUAUUUCCUCC